AGUCAAAUGAGCAGCACACAGAAUAAAUGUGUGUAGGCACUGUAGGGUGUGUAUCAGCAAGGGUGGACGAUGCUACGGUCACUCGGGGCAAAGGCUUCGCAGCUGGACAGGGACUUCUCUUUAUUUGGCCAGGUGACUCGUCGACCGAGGCUUGUUGUGUGUUAAUUAUGCGGGGUCCAAUGCUGGAUGCAGCAGUAUAUAUGUGCUCAAUCUGUCUAUAGAUGUAUUCACGAGCCUGAUAUGUUGGGCCCUUCCUACUUGGCAAUCCUGCGCAGCCUGUCUCCCCUGUGCAUUGCCUGGAAGCAGUUUUGAUGUCAUCCGCUGCUUCCUGAGUGCAGUUGGAGAGCAGACAAGACAGCAGCAACACAGCGACUACAACACACACAGAUCUUCGAGCUCAUCGUGAAUCAGCAGAUAUGGCUUCCAAGAUGAUGAAAUGGGGACGAAAGGACCCCGAACUCUACGUGCUCGGCUUCAUCUACGCCGGCAUCUUCGGUGUCGCAGGCUACCACCUCGGCAAGAAGGGAGGCAAUGCAAAGCCUGAGGCCAAUGUCCAGAUCCCAGAAAAGGGUAUGCCUUGGCACGAUGACGACGAGGGCGGCGACUACAAGUACAAGUACCACCCCGGCGGUGAUCCAUCACGAGCUCCCAAAGAGGCUCCCGGUGCACUUCACUCACACACCAUCAUGGUAGCUUUGCCCGAUGAGCUGUACGAGAAGUUCAACAAGGCUGAUUAGAGAUCAUCAAGUGUCGAAUGUGUUUCACAUAUAAUCUUGUGGUUCUAUCCACUGAUA